AUGAUAUCCGUCAGCAAAUCCAGAUACGUAGAAAUCAAGGAGAAGACACAGUCUGAACUCCAAACACUAUAUCAGGUGAUAAGCAAUGGGUGGCCAGACAACAGAAGUGAAGCUCCAGCUGAGGUGAAACAGUACUGGGACUCGCGAAUCCAGAACUGCAGUAAAUGUGCAGAGUAUCAGAACAAGCAGAGGGCUGAACCAUUAAUGCCGACUGUAACUCCUGACCUGCCAUACACCAUGGUUGGAUGUGACUUGUUUGACUUCCAGUUAAGCAAGUACCUACUGCUAGUGGACUAUUACUCGACAUAUAUCGACGUCGUCGAACUGAGCUCAACUACAACCUCAUUGAUAACUAACGCCAUGAAACAAAUAUUCGCGUGUCACGGCAUCCCACUGCGGAUUCGAUCAGACAACGGGCCACAAUUCAGCUCGACUGAAUUCAAUAAAUUCUGCCAGGCGUACGGAAUCGAACAUCAGACUUCCAGCCCGCACUUCCAGAGCUCCAAUAGGGAAGCAGAGCGAGCGAUACAAACAGUGAAACGCCUAUGGAGCAAGGCAGAGAACAAAUACUUAACUCUACUAGACUACCGAACUACACCGUUGGAGGGAAUUAAAUUGUCCCCAGCUCAACUUCUGAUGGGCAGGCGCCCCAGGAAUACUUUGCCUGCCUCUACGGAAAUCCUAAAACCCAGAAUAGACAAUGCUAUAGUAGUGAAAGAACACUUUAUAAAGAGAAGGCAAAACAAAAGGUCUAUUAUGACCUUAGGAGAGGUGUGA